ACUUCCUGCUUCGUCGCAUUUUUCCUACGACACCGCCUCUGACCAAUCACAAAGCGAGUUUUAAAUUCUCGACCAAUCAGCAGUCGUCCCUCGUCCGCUGUGGAUGAUGCAGUUCAAGCAUGCCUUAGCACGGAGGAUGUUAAGGAUCCUCUCCAGAACUUUGGUUCCUGUUCAAACUCAAAGAAAGCACGAUUCUGCUGCCUUGCUCAGUGGUCGCCUUUUUUCACACUCAGUCAGUUCUGGGUUCUUUGGGAGGACCGUGAUGGAGCUCAAACUCUACCGACCUCCUCCAGGGGUCCGGGGUAUGACCUCUCUGGACAAAGACGCCUUCACACAGACCAUUACAGUUCCAGCUGUGCAGGUACCAACUGGGGUUUUGAACAAAGUGAUAAAGAGUCUGAAGAAGUCCACCAUCCAGCGCCCAGGUGUGCACCGAGUGGUUCAAGAAAAAGAGGAGAACAGCGGCUUUCGGUUAGUCCUUUUGGAUCCCAACAAAGUGUCGUCAGCGAGUUCCUUCAGCGAGGCUGAAGCAGAGGCCCUCAGGUCGUUUGGUGUCCCUGAAGAGCUGCAACAAUAUGAGCUGAAGCUGACCUAUGACAACCUGAAGACGGAGGAGGUGCUGGAGGCAGUGCUUCCUCAGGGUCAAGAUGUGACCUCAGCAUUCAGCCGGGUGGGACACAUAGCCCACAUGAACCUGAGGGAUCAUCAGCUGCCAUACAAGAACCUGAUAGGUCAAGUAAUUAUGGAUAAAAACCCUGGAGUAACCUGUGUGGUCAAUAAGACCAACACCAUCGACUCUACUUACAGGAACUUUAAGAUGGAGGUGCUGGCUGGAGAGGAGAACAUGGUCGCCAAGGUGAAGGAAAACGGCGUGGCUUAUGAGUUUGACUUUUCUCGUGUCUACUGGAACCCUCGGCUGAGUACAGAGCACCAACGGGUGGUGCAGCUCGUUAAACGUGGCGACACAGUAUUCGACGUAUUUGCCGGAGUCGGACCCUUUGCCAUCCCAGCUGCCCGCUCCGGCGCCAACGUUCUGGCUAACGAUCUAAAUCCAGAGUCCUACAGAUGGCUGCAGCACAACUGCAAACUCAACAAGGUGCAGAGCAAAGUUCAAACUUUCAAUCUGGAUGGCAGAGACUUCAUCCGGGGGCCUUUAAAGCAGGAGCUGCCUGCUCUGCUGAAGGGAGGAUCUGCUGUUCACGUGGUCAUGAACCUGCCUGCGUUGGCUUUGGAGUUUCUGGACGCUUUCCGGGGGCUUCUAAACCUGCCUCCCGCUGAGCAGAACCUUCCCAUAGUGCACUGCUAUGGCUUCUCUAAAGAUGACAACCCCGAGGCGGACAUGGUGGAGAGGGCUUCCCGCAGCAUUGGAUUCCCCCUGGAGAACAAAUGCUCUGUGCAUUUUGUACGUAACGUCGCACCCAACAAGGAUAUGAUGUGUGUGAGGUUCACAGUCCCUAAAGAGGUUCUGUUCUGCAGCGAUGAAGGAAAAACAGAACAGUCAGAGGAACCCGCCCCGAAGAGACCAAAGUGUGAAGAUUCUCCAGAUGUAACAUCAGCUUGACUCAGUUUUACAUUUUGUUUUA